AUGUGCAUCGACCCCUCCAAGCGGUACACGGCGACGAUGGACACCUCGAUGGGGGCGAUCACCAUCGCCCUCGAUGCGGCGGCUGCGCCCCUCACCGUCAACAACUUCGUGGGCGGCGAUCCCACCGGCACCGGCCGGGGCGGCCCCGGCUACCGCUUCGCCGACGAGCUGCCCAGGCCGGGCCGCUACGAGACCGGCUCGCUGGCCAUGGCCAAUGCCGGCCCCAACACCAACGGCAGCCAGUUCUUCAUCAUCAGCGGCCCGAACGGUGCCGGGCUCCCGCCUCAGUACUCGCUGUUCGGCAAGGUAGUGCGGGGGCUCGAGGUGGUGGACGCCAUGCAGAGCGUCGAGACCGACCGCAACGACCGCCCGCUCACCGAUGUGACCAUCAAUUCGGUGACGAUCGCCGAGUCGGACUGA